AUGUCGAUUACCCAUAUCGUUCUUUUCCAGUUCAAGUCAGAAUUAGCCACUGAAGUUAUCCACGAUGCCUGUGAACGUAUGAUUGCGCUAAAAGACAAUUGUGUCCAUCCAACAUCACAAAGCCCCUAUAUAAAAUCGGCGUCUGGCGGGAAGGAUAACUCGCCCGAAGGCAUCCAGAAUGGGAUUACGCAUGCAUUUGUCGUAGAGUUUACCAGUGCUGCAGAUCGAGACUAUUAUGUACAAAGCGACCCGGCUCAUCUGGCAUUCGUCAAAUUUCUUGAUGGACUCAUUGAGAAAGCGCAAGUCAUUGACUUCAGUGAUGGGGUUCUCUGA